UCACCAUGAGAUAGCAGUAAUUUGAAACACAGGUUGCUUCCGGUGAGCCAGGCGGACCAAACGGACUACAAACACGGAAUCUAACUGUCUGCUUUAAUCCAGAACACAAUUUUAGAAACACACAGGAUUAAUUUCGCCCGUUAACCCGGCAGAAUUACACGUCUCCAAUGCCAGGUCACCGAGCAAAACGGUGAGGUACAAAAAAAAAAAAAUGUCUAAACUGCCGGGAAAUGCGGGCGUCUCCGUCCUGGGGGACAAAUCCCUGGAGUUUUACCGGGACCCAGUGUGUUUCUGCCGGGAGAAGACGGAGAAACACCGGAGCAGAGUGUUUCAGUCCCGGCUGCUGAACAGACCCACCGCCUUCGUCUGCUCCGUGCAGGGGAUGAGGGAGCUGCUGUGCGACAAGUCAAACGUGUUUCUGAAGGAUCCAGCCGAUGUGAUGACCAACAUGUAUGGCGACAACAUUGUCACCACCAAUGGUGAAGAAGCAUGUCUUCUCCGUCUGUCCCUCACCAGCUUGUUCACAGGAUCCUGUUUAGAGUCGUGGAACAAUUACAUUACCAGUGUGUGUGAGCGCUGCCUAAAGGACCUCUCUUUCAGUGGUCAGCCGGAGUGUGUGUACUCUGUGUUUAAGGGUCUGGGGACAGAGCUGGUGUUAGGUCUGUUUCUGAAUGUCCGUGCAGACGAGCAACCUGAGCUCUACCGGGAAAUCACACAGCUCUGUACUCAGCACUGGCAUGGUCUCAUCUCUGCUCCGGUGAACGUAAAGGUUCCCAUGUGGUCGUCCGGUUUCUGCACCGCUCUAGAGGCUAGAGACAAACUGAUGGACAUCAUCAAAGACAAACUGGACAAUGACAGAAAUGGAUUUGUGGGUUCCCUUGGGUCUCUGCCGCUGCCGGACUCCAACUCUGCCUCCCAGCACCUCCUCCUGUUCAUCUCGGCUCUGAUCCCCAAAGCCCUUGCAUCCAUGCUCACCUCCUUCACAGUGGCACUUAGUGGGAGUGAGCAGGAGGAGACUCGUCACCGAGCGAGGCUGGACCCCGACUACCUCCACAACACUCUACUGGAGGUUCAGAGACUCUGGCCUCCUUUCAUUGGAGGUCGCAGGAUAGUCAAUCAGGACACCACCCUGGCAGGUUUUCAUGUUCCUAAGGGUUAUGGUGCCAUGUACAUCAGCCACGCUGUUCACCGUGACCCCGAAGUUUUUCAGCGUCCUGACGACUUCCUGCCCGACAGGUGGAGUGGGAGGAAUGCAGGUCAGGAGCAUUUCCUGUGUUCGUUUGGCAACGGGCCGAGGAACUGCAUUGGAGUUAAACUCACUGAUGUCUUCAUGAAGGCAGCAUGUAGCUACUUGCUAAAGCACUACGACUGGUGUUUGGACCCCCCGUCGCAGGACCUUCAGUAUAAAUGGCUGCCUGUGUCUCGCCCCAUCGCCCCCCCCACCGUCUCCUUCAGCAGACUGGAGCAGACCAGAUCUGACAGCAGAAACACGAGCUAGGGAUGCACCACAUAUCAGUCAUGUACACGCUGAUAAACUGGGGAAGAUUCACACAAGGUGAUAUGAGCGCAGAGGAGUUCAGGUCUAUUAUACGUCUAUUUAUUGUAGAUUUUAGAAUAUCUGGCAGAGGAAGGCAGACUGCAAAGCGAAUGGGACUUCUGGCAUUUCUCUGUCAAGACACUCAGCAGAUUUGCUUGCGUUUUUUACAACAAGCAAUGAAUAAAUGACUGGAAAUUGACUCUAAGUUGGACAUGACACUGAUAGCACAGUGUUUUAUUUCACAGGAUGUUAUUUUUGGAUUUCAAAAUCAACCAUUUAAAAGAAAAAGGCACCACAGAAUUUAUCAUUUUGACCCACUGCAUUUAAUCCUGAUGAGUCUCUUCGUAGGUCAUAUUUUGCAUCUAGGAUGAAUUGAGAGAAGCCUUGCUGUUUUUCUUUAUUUUUCCUUUUCUUUAUUUUUUUUCUGAUGACUGAUGUAAAAUGAUGAUUUAGAUAGUAAUUUAGUUGCCUCCAGUAAUUGCAUUCCUUACAGUAUCAAUAUUAAUUUGAUACACUGAUCAUCCCUAGAAAACACACUUACUCGCACACACACACACACACACACACACACACACACACUCACGUGCACGCACACAGUUGUGCCUUCAGAUUCCAACACUGACUGCAAACCUGGCGGAUCCCCUCCCCCUUUUCCACCUAGCAACCACUACUGCUUAGCAACAGUUCGUCAUACCGACAGUGACUUGCUUCCUUUUAGUAUGCAGGUCACACACACACACACACACACACACACACACACACUCAAGUACACUCACACACACAGACAUCUAACCUGGUUAUUUCAGAAAGCUACAGUGACUGAGUUGGCAGCGAUACACAGUUUGUGGAAUCGCAUGUAAUUAAUUUCACAGAGGAUGCCUAAAUUAUUAUGUGUCUUUGUAAUUUCAUGUAGCCUGAAAAUAUUUUUUAAUAUAUGAAUCAUAUGUAAUAACAUGUAAAAUCCUUCAGAGUUUGUGUCAGCUACAAUCAGUGUGAAUCCAUCCAUUGAUUUACUUUUUCUCUUUAUUAUUAACAUUAACAUGUAUAAAUUUGCA